GGAGUUGCCGUGAAAUUUGUGGAGUUGCUGCUUUUAAUUUCUUGUAGUUCGAUUAAUAGGAUACAGAUUAUGGCAUUGACUGAAGGGUUGAAGAAUUCCAAUGCAAGUAGACUUUCGGAAUUUGGUUUUUGGUUGUUUAUACUGCUUUCAGCUCUACUGAUUACUAUAGCAGACGGGCUAAAUUCCGAGGGCCAAUUGCUGCUCGAGUUCAAGAACAGUUUUCGUGACGAGUACAACCAUCUUUGGAGCUGGAAAUCCUCCGAUGAGACACCUUGCCAAUGGAUAGGUGUCAGUUGUUCUUCGUAUCAUAAUCCAGUGGUUUCGUCUGUUGAUUUGAGUUCAAUGAACCUUUCCGGAACCCUGAGCCCGAGGAUUGGUGGUUUGACCCAUAUGAGAUAUCUUGAUCUGUCGUACAAUAGGUUCAGUGGAAAUAUUCCCAAGGAGAUCGGCAAUUGUUCAUCUCUUGUAUAUCUGUAUUUAAACAAUAAUCAUUUCAGUGGUCCGAUUCCCGGUGAAGUUGGCAGGCUUUCUUAUUUGACAAGUUUGAAUACAUGCAAUAACGAAAUCUCCGGUUCCCUUCCAGAGGAGUUUGGGAAUUUGUCCUCCCUUGAUGAGUUCGUUGCAUAUACAAAUAACUUGACCGGGCCAUUGCCUCGCUCUAUCGGGAAUCUGACGAAGUUGAGAAUAUUCCGAGCGGGGCAGAAUGCAUUUUCCGGUAGCAUCCCUGCUGAAAUAAGUGGAUGUCAAAGCUUACAAAUGCUUGGUCUUGCCCAAAAUAGUAUUGGAGGAGAGCUACCUACGGAACUUGGAAUGCUCGGAAGCAUGACUGAUUUGAUUUUAUGGGAGAAUCAGUUAUCAGGGUCUAUUCCGAAGGAGCUCGGAAACUGUACAAGCCUUCAGACACUUGCAUUGUAUUCGAAUGGUCUUGUGGGGCAGAUACCGGCGGAGAUUGGGAAUCUUAAGUUUCUGAAAAGGUUGUACCUUUACAGAAAUGACUUUAAUGGAAGCAUUCCAAGAGAGAUAGGGAAUUUAUCUCUUGCAACCGAAGUUGAUUUCUCGGAGAAUUAUUUGUCCGGUGAGAUCCCUACGGAGUUCGGGAAGAUAAAGGGUCUACACUUAUUGCACCUAUUCGAGAAUCAGCUUACCGGUGUCAUACCAAAUGAGCUUAGUAGCUUGAAGAACUUGACGAAGCUCGACCUUUCGAUCAAUUACCUCACAGGUCCCAUUCCUUAUGGUUUCCAAUAUUUGACUCAAAUGAGUCAGUUGCAGCUUUUUGACAAUUUUCUUACCGGUACCAUUCCUCAGCUGCUUGGAGUAUACAGCCCACUUUGGGUGGUUGAUUUUUCAGACAACCAUCUGACCGGAAGAAUACCGCUUUAUCUUUGUCAACGUUCUAACCUUAUUUUAUUAAACCUAGGAGCUAAUAAUCUGCAUGGAGAUAUCCCAACUGGGAUUAAGAACUGCAAGACAUUAGUGCAACUUCGUCUGUUCGGAAACCGGCUCAAUAGUACCUUUCCUUCUGAAUUAUGCAAUUUGGUGAAUCUUUCGGCUAUCGAAUUGGGCCAGAACAACUUAACUGGACCACUUCCUUCGGAGAUCGGAAACUGUGGAAAGCUUCAAAGGCUUCACAUUGCAGCUAAUCAAUUUAGUUCCGAGCUGCCUAAGGAAAUAGGUAAUUUGACUCAACUUGUGACUUUUAAUGUCUCAUCCAAUUUGCUUUCUGGAAGGAUUCCUCGGGAGAUAGUUGACUGCAAAAUGCUUCAACGACUCGAUCUCAGCCAUAACAGCUUUGAAGAUACUUUACCGAAUGAGCUCGGAAUCCUUACUCAGCUCGAGAUUCUGAAACUUUCAGAAAAUAAGUUCUCCGGAAAUAUACCUGCAGCUUUGGGGAACCUCUCACAUUUGACUGAGCUGCAGAUGGGUGGCAACUUGUUUUCUGGCAAGAUACCGCCAGAGUUGGGUUCUCUUUCAAGCUUGCAGAUUGCAAUGAAUCUCAGCAAUAACCACCUUACCGGAAAUAUACCACCGGAGCUCGGUAAUCUUAACUUACUGGAAUUUCUCCUGCUCAAUAACAAUAAUUUGAGCGGUGUAAUUCCGAGCACAUUCGACAGCCUUUCGAGUUUAUUGGGAUGCAACUUCUCAUACAAUAAUUUAACUGGAGCUUUACCUGCUAUCCCUCUGUUUCAGAACAUGCCUGCAAGUAGCUUUAUUGAAAAUAAAGGGCUUUGUGGUAGGCCUCUUCAAGAUUGCAAUGCCGAUCCGUCUUCUCCUUCAACGCCACCCAUGAAUAACGAUACACGGGGAAGAAUGAUAACGGUAAUUUCGGGUGUUGUAGGUGGUAUUUCUCUUGUUCUGAUUGUAAUUCUUAUAUACCAAAUCAGACGUCCACCUGAAAUUGUUGCAUCGUCGCCAGAAAAAGAGAUAUCACCAUCUCCGGUUUCAGAUGUUUACUUCCAUCCCAAGGAAGGGUUUACUUUUCAAGAUCUAAUCGAGGCGACAAACAACUUUGAUGAGAGUUAUAUCAUUGGAAGUGGAGCUUGUGGAACAGUUUAUAAAGCUGUUAUGAAUUCCGGACAAACGAUUGCUGUUAAAAGGCUCGCAUCGAAUGCCGAGGGGAAUACCAUCGAGGACAGUUUUCGGGCUGAGAUUCUAACGCUGGGAAAGAUUCGGCAUCGGAAUAUCGUGAAGCUUUACGGUUUUUGUUAUCACCAAGGUUCCAAUCUGCUUCUUUACGAGUACAUGGAAAAAGGUAGCUUGGGUGAAAUGCUUCAUGGUACCUCAUGUAGCUUAGAAUGGUCAACUAGGUUCAUGAUCGCCCUAGGAGCUGCCGAAGGUCUUUCUUAUCUACAUCAUGACUGCAAACCGAAGAUCGUUCACCGCGAUAUCAAGUCCAAUAACAUCUUGCUUGACGAAAAAUUCGAAGCUCAUGUCGGUGAUUUUGGUUUGGCGAAAGUGAUCGACAUGCCCCAAUCUAAGUCCAUGUCGGCAAUCGCAGGAUCAUACGGCUACAUUGCCCCGGAAUAUGCAUACACUAUGAAGGUAACCGAAAAAUGUGACAUCUAUAGCUAUGGGGUUGUUCUACUGGAGUUGCUAACGGGAAAGACUCCUGUACAGCCAUUGGAUCAAGGAGGCGAUCUUAACACACGGGUGAGACAUUACGUCCGCGACCACUCGUUUGAUGCCGGGAUACUCGACAACCGCUUAAACCUUGACGAUAAAAGCGUUGUCGAUCACAUGAUUACCGUCUUGAAAAUUGCUUUAAGAUGCACUAGCCUGUCUCCUGUCGAUAGGCCAUCUAUGCGCGAAGUCGUGGUGAUGCUUUCGGAAUCCAGGGGGCACGAAGACAACUCCACGGUGUCUCCUUCGCAUGAAUGUGAGAAAUCCGAUGACUGAGAUGGUUUUUUUGGCUACAGAUCUUCCUUAUUAUUUUCCCAUGUACAUAUUUCCACUAAGAAAGCAUCAUAUUGAGACUUAGUUCAUUUAUUCAGUCAAAUACAAUAUACAAUAUAGUAACACCAUUGUGCAUAUAUGAAUCAUUGGCUCAUUCUAAA